AAGCUGUUGCUGUAGUAACGGGGAAGUGCGCGUGAGCGCGUCCCUUUCUGUGCACGAGUGUUAAUAUCACAGUGCUUUUAAAGUUGAUAACGACAGGUAUAAAGUUUUAAGAGAUUAGCGACAUAGAUGAACGACACGGUUUGUUCACAGGUCAAGCUGGAAUGUCUGCAUUGAAGAAUCUCGUGCCUGCGCGGUUUCUCACGCUGAGCGCGCACCUGGUCAUCAUCAUCACUAUAUUCUGGUCGCGGGACAACAAUGUUAAGUCAUGUCUACCACUGGAGUUUACUGAAGAACAGUUCAAGACAGAAGAUACGCGGAUUGUUGUGGCUCUGUCUGUAACACUGGGUUUGCUUGCUGUUGAAUUGGCUGGAUUCUUCUCUGGAGUCUCAAUGUUCAACAGUAAUCAGAGCCUUCUGUCUCUGGUCGCUCAUUCCAGCGCAUCCGUCAGUUUGUCUCUGUUUGUGUUUCAGCAGUGGCCCUGCUGGACGAUCUGGAUCAUAUUCAGUCUCUGCAGUGUGGUUCCAGCAGUUUUGGAGUUGGUGCUGCUCAUUUCAUGGAAGUAAAAUAGUCUUCUGCACCGACCCUUGAAGAUCCCUGAAAAGAGACUGAUUCUUUUGUAUCAUAAAAAAGUUCAGUGAUCUUGAAUGAAUCUUCUGGUUAAAGGACUGUUAGUGCAUUAUAGGAAAUGCAUGUUGCAUAUUUUUCCUACAUUUAGGAAUGUUACGAAAUGUAUCACAGCGUUUUUGCACCAUUGCAGGACAAUACAGAACGGGCAUGGCCUUUGGAGUAAAUGGAGCAUUCUCAUAAGCUCAGAGAAAUGAACAGUAAAAUGUAACAUUCAGAAUGAAUUUGGUUAAAGGAGACGUACUGUAUGAGACUUUAAGAUGUGAAAUAAAUCUUUGGUGUCCCCAGAGUGCGUAUUGAAAGUUUUAGCUCAAAAUACCCCACAGAUCAUUUAUUAUAGCAUGUUAGCUUUUAAUGUUUGGGGUCAAAUUGACCCAAUAGUUUAAUAUAUGCUAAAUAACUUCAAAUUUAAAAUAAAAUGUGUAUAUUAAAAUAUAGUUAUGUUUUUCUUACAAAGUUAUUUAUUUAGAUUAAUUUCUGUGAAAACACAUCUUUUGUAGCACAUAAAUUAAGUGUAGUAAAAAAGUCAAAAUAGUAAUGAAAAUAAUAUAUAACACUUAUUUUAUUUGAGAAUAGUUUUACCAGUUUUUCCACACAUUAAUAGUAAAAAAAUCACUCAUUAGAUCAUUUUUACAGUAUGUACAUUAUAUAUACACUAGUCAACAUUUGAAGUGGAUCAAAACAAGUGGUCUUAAAAACCAAUACCCAGACCUGUUCUUGUCUUAGGACAUCUUUGAUUAACUUUUUUGAUCCACUUUAAAUGUUGACAGGGCAGACACGUAUCCAAAGUGACUAAAAGGAACAAGUCAAAAGAAAAAAAAAUGCAAAAAGUCAAUUAGCAUAUUUUUCAGAGAUGUCAAAGUAGCUUUGGGGUCAAUUUGACCUCAAACAUAGGAUAGUUAAAUGCAAAUGAGCUGAUGAAAUGUAAACACUGAUCGCCAUAAUGGUGGUUUGUUAAAAUUGAACCUCUGUCGUGGUUGGAAUGGAUAGUGCAGAUUAAAGGGUGCAGAUUAAAGGGCGGUAUUAUCCCCUUCUGACAUCACAAGGAGCUAUUUUUUCACAUGCUUGCAGAGAAUGGUUUACCAAAACUAAGUUACUGGGUUGAUCUUUAUCAAAUUUUCUAGGUUGAUAGAAACAUUGGGGACUCAAUUAUAGCACUUAAACAUGAAAAGUCAAAUUUUCCUACUGUAUGUCCCCUUUAAGAUUUUCA